UACUCUAGCUAGUACCGGGACAUGUAUUGUAUGUUGUAUGUAUUCUUUGGACCACUCUGGCGAUAAAAGACGUCGCUUUCCGAGAGUGGUGGUACACUUGUAUGCAUAGCCAUGCCAAUAAAGGUCGGACAUUUGCAUGGCAAGGCCCACAACACUCAUCUGCGAAAGCAGUAGAUAGAAAGAUAGAUCUCUUCGUUACAUUUAUCUCCAUCGCAACGAUUCGCUUCAACAACCAUGCCCAAGCGUCUUCGUCCAAAACUGCGAAAACUAUCAAGAAAGAAAAAGCAGCAUGGAAUGGCUCGGUGGUUUGUUCGUUGGAUGUCCCUUGGUCUCUGUGUUGUGGGAAGCCGUCAUGUACACAGUGUAUACCUAUCCACUCUGAAUACCCAUGGACAAUAUUUGAGGGCAUUUGAUGAAACAUAUCCUACCAAGGAUUCUUCUUCUUCUUCUUCUAAUUCUUCUACUAUGACGGGGCAAGUGGGUGUGCAACUGAUUCCCACCAAUCCAUCCAGUCCUUUGAUUCGAGAUGCUCUCUUGCAAAUCCCUUCCAUCAGUGCAGAAAAAAUUUGGGAGAGUCUAUUACAAGAGGCAGUGGCGUUGAUGAAGAAUCAUCAAGCACAGCAGCAACAACAACAAACCACGGCUCCAAAGUUCAUCGCCAUGGAGGUUGGCAUGUUCCAUCCCAAGCAAUGCUUCCAAGCCGCUCGACAGGGACUUGAGGCACACUGCAUUGAACCAUCUCCACGCGCCUUUCAGCGUAUUGCACAAGCGCGCAGAAUGGAACCUGAGGAUGUAAAGACAAGGAUUCAUCUGUACAACAAGGCAGCAGGGGCAUCCCCCGGCAAAGUCACCUUUUCCGCAGGAGAUUCCACAGGAGAUCACGUGGGCACGUACGAUGCCUGGAAUAUGCAAGCAGCAGAGGGAUCACCCAUUCAGGUGGAUUCCAUUCGCUUGGAUGAUUUGAUAGAUGAAUUCAUGCCACGGAACUCACACGACAAGCUCUUUGUCCUCAAAGUGGACACACAGGGGUACGAGCCCAGCGUAUUUGACGGGUUGAAACACUCCGUCUUUCUGCAACGUCGUGUCGACUACGUCAUGUUCGAAUACUGGCCCAAAGGAAUGGACCUGUUGAGCACUGGGGAUGUCCACAAGAGAAGUUGUGUGGCACACUCUAUCUUGCAAGCCUUGCAUGAGGCAGGCUACACCCUUUACGCCUUGCCUGGCACGGCUCAUAUCAAAGCACCCAAGGAAGGCAAGAGGGCAAUUGUGAGGGAAAAAGCACCCAUGCACAACUUUCGGGAGAAUUGUCUGUACUACUAUCAAGUGGAGGAUCGGUUUCCUUCUCCAGACUACAAAAUGGGAUAUUGGUCCGACAUGUUAGCAGUUGCACCUGGGGCAUCACUACUACAGAACCCCGUCACGGAAGUUGGUCGAAUAUUCCAACUAAAGGAGUGACAUGAUUUCGAAUGUGUCCCGAAGUCAUUAGGUUGAAUACCUUGGUACACCCAGAACAGUUUCACACAAACUGAUACAAGUCUCAUCGUGACGACAAGCUAUUAGGGAGAAGCGUUAGAGUAGCCAGUAAACUUGUAAAUGUGUCCGUGAUGUAUGUAUCCGAGCUACAUACUUUUCUUCUGGUCUUCUCCUUCGUGCAUUACGGCAACUGUAAAUCACCCC